AAGUGAGCUGUAAAUUGGACGGCAAAUGCCGGUUUUUGUGGCUUUGGAUGUUUCUUUUUAUAAUCCCUGCAUUCCUCUUUGCUCUCAAAAUUCAUUCUUCAUGGCCGCCGCACCACAAGAAAAUCCAACCCACGCCAAAGAAACCUGGCCAUUAAGAAACGACGGAAACGAAGACUACUCCCAAGAUUUCGAAGACCCGGAUUCGUCCUUCGGCUGCCGUUGUUUCCGGGGACUUUUCCGGUGGCGGUUCCGGCUCCAAGGGCAGGGGUACUUGCUGCAACAAGAAGAGGCAAAAGAAAGCUGGUUGAAGAGGAAAGCCAAGGAACUGAGAGAGGUAUCGGAGGUAUUGGCAGGGCCCAAGUGGAAGAAUUUCAUACGAAGGUUCAGCGUUUAUGGAGCCAACAAAAAAAGGAGGUCGACGAUGAAGAUGCAGUAUGAUAUUCAGAGCUAUGAACUCAAUUUCGAUGAAGGGAUCCAUAGAGAAGCUGAUGCUGCUUUCCUUGAUUUCUCUGCUAGAUUUGCAGCUCCAUGUGGGAUCAACAAAGGGUAGAGAGAGAGAGGUUGGGGGCUUAAAUUUAAUAUAAUUUUUUUUGAGGGGGUCAAAAAGAAAUUUUACCAUUACAUUGGUUUAUAAGUUUAUUUGCCCUGAAUUGUUGAGCAAGACCAUUCUUUUUGUACAUUGUUCAUAAUCGUCAUAUGAAUGAUAAAUGUUAAUGAAAAUCGGUUUGUUUGGGUGUA